UAUGAAGUUGAUGUUCUUGACUCUCUCGACAAACGUGCCCAGGUCAAAGAAGUCAAUGGUGAUGUUGCGACUGUCUUCUCGGUUGUCUAUGUGACAGCAUCCGCUACUUUCUCCGGACCUACAGCUGGCUUCGUUACCCUCGGAGCCAACNNCCUACCACCUCCGCAAAGGCAGCCAAGUCUACUGCCGCAAAGGACACCGACGACGAUGAUGAUCACACAACCACAGCGAAUGUCAAGCAAUCGUCACCAGCAGUCAGAUCCAGCACCACAUCCACAUCGUCCGCAAAAGUCACGAGUACCUUGUCGCCUACUGCAAAGUCGACUGCCAACGCUCUGUCUUCUUCCCUCUUCAUCGUCAUCAACACUCGUCUCAUCCUCAUUGGCCGUCAUCACCUCAUCUGCUGCUGCAUCAUCUACAAUCGCCUCUUCAUCAAUCUCAUCUGCCGCAGAGGCUCAAGCCACAUCUUCGAGCUCAGCUUCGGCAACACCGGUCGAAGAUGCAGCCUCUAGUGGUCUAAGUUCAGGCGCAAAGGCCGGUGUCGCCCUUGUGGUUAUCUUUGCUAUCGGUGCCCUGGCUGGUCUUGCCUACUUCCUCAUUCGCAAGAAGAAGGCUCAACAGAAACAGGCCAUCGGUAUGGAGAGACUCGAUGAUGAAAAGAAGGGCUUCAUCGGCCAAAGUUCAAGCACUGCGGCCAUCCCUCAACCUCCUGCUCAGACACGAAGCACUGGUCCGGCACCCCGCCUUAGUUAUCGCCCUACAUCUCAAUGGUCGCCCAGCGUUCUUGGAGAUGCUGAGAAGGCUGCAGCCGGCGCAGCUGCUGGCGUCAUGGCCAGAAACAGCGAUCCAGCCAACCCCUUCGGUAUUCACGCCCAAACUGUCGAGUCUCAGUCAAGAGAUGUCAUCUCGCCUAUCCCUGAAGAACGCUCUCUCAGCCCACCUGUCGAGCUUCAAGGAAGUCCCGUGCCUAGUCCCACUGCAGCCAACUUCAACAUCAGCUCUCCCGCAACUCCUGGUACCGCUGAGGUUGGUAUGGCUUCUGCUGUGCCUGUAUCCGCUCUCGCAGGUGCCGCUCCUGGCGCUGUUAUCGCCGAUCCUCCCGGUAGCACAGUUCACCGCGUUCAGCUUGAGUUCAAGCCAUCCAUGGAUGAUGAGCUCGAGUUGAAGGUUGGCCAAAUCGUGAGAGUCCUACACGAGUACGAUGAUGGUUGGGCUCUCUGUAUUCGUAUGGAUCGCUCUCAGCAAGGUGUCGCUCCUAGAACCUGUCUGUCAAAGGCUCCUUUAAAGCCGAGACCUAUGGGCCCUCCUCCAAGUGCAAAGAAUGGCCCUCGUGGCCCUGGCUCUAUGGGUCCUCCUCCCAGACCCAUCGCUGGUGCUAAAGUUCGCCAAAACUCUUCCUCGUCUCAAGGUUCUGCUGCAUCUCAACCACGUCGUCCUUCAAUGGCUCCUUCGAAACCAUCAUCUCCUACGCUAGCCGAGCAGGAAAAAUUACGACAAAGAAGCGUUUCUGCUGCUGCAUCGCCAACCAAGGCACCCAAACAGUCACAGCAGUCUGGAGACUUGGCCGCCGAUGCUCACAGUCGUAGUGCUUCAAUGGGUACUGCGUCGAGUGCCAGCAAGUCCACCAACGUUUCUGGUCCAUCCACGCCUCUCGGUGUGCCGACUAGGAAGCCGGUUCCUGGCCAGGCUCUC